GGCUGAUUUGCUAAAAAUAAGGAUGGGGUUAAGUGCAAAAUGGUCCUUGCAUCCACACCUGCGCCUCUCCAUCCGCCCCGCCCGCCGCUCGCUCGUCGUCUCGGAGCGAAGAUCCGGUACUCAGGAUGAGUGAAGAGGAUAAGACUGCUGCUGCUGCUGCUGCUGAGCAGCCGAAGCGAGCCCCUAAACUCAAUGAAAGGAUCCUCUCUUCUCUGUCCAGGAGAUCAGUAGCUGCUCAUCCAUGGCAUGAUCUUGAGAUCGGUCCUGGGGCUCCUGCUGUCUUCAAUGUUGUUGUUGAGAUUACAAAGGGAAGCAAAGUUAAAUAUGAGCUUGACAAGAAAACUGGACUGAUUAAGGUUGAUCGAGUCCUGUACUCAUCAGUUGUGUACCCUCACAAUUAUGGUUUCAUUCCGAGGACUCUUUGUGAAGACAACGACCCAAUGGAUGUUUUGGUCUUAAUGCAGGAGCCUGUUAUUCCUGGUUCAUUCCUCCGGGCAAGAGCCAUUGGUCUUAUGCCCAUGAUUGACCAGGGUGAAAAGGAUGACAAGAUAAUAGCUGUCUGUGCUGAUGAUCCUGAAUACCGUCACUACAAUGACAUCAGUGAGCUGUCUCCUCACCGCCUGCAAGAGAUCAAGCGCUUCUUUGAAGACUACAAGAAAAAUGAGAACAAAGAGGUUGCUGUUGACGAAUUCUUGCCUGCGACCACUGCUCGAGAUGCCAUUCAGUACUCCAUGGAUCUGUAUGCGCAGUAUAUUUUGCAAAGCUUGAGGCAGUAGAAUGCCAGCAAACUAUUUAUUGUGGCGUAUUGGAUUGUGUGAUUUUUAAGUUGAAGCUUGAGAUUGUGUGCGACCAUUACAAUUGAGAAUGAUGUCGCUAGCUGUGAAUUGUGAUUUCCCCUGGACAUACAUCGUUAAUUAAAUUAUGAAUAAACGAAGUUGAUAGGUUUACUGUGUC